AUGGCUACUGCGUUAUAUACUGCAAACGAUUUUAUAUUAAUCUCUUUACCUCAAAAUGCCCAACCUGUUACCGCCCCUGGUUCCAAAACCGAUUUGUGGUUUCACGAGAGUUUAAUUGGCGGUAGAGCAUUUGUUUCUGAUUUUAAAAUUCCCGAAUUCAAGAUCGGGUCCUUAGAUACAUUAAUAGUUGAAUCGGAAGAGCUUUCUAAAGUAGAUAACCAAAUUGGAGCUUCUAUAGGCAAAAUCAUUGAAAUUCUUCAAGGCCUAACUGAGACGAGCACCAAUGCUUACAAAACUUUACCGAUCAACAACAUGCCAGUUCCUGAAUAUUUGGAAAAUUUUCAAUGGCAAACUAGAAAGUUUAAGUUGGAUAAGUCUAUUAAAGAUUUGAUUACAUUGAUUUCUGACGAAUCAUCUCAAUUGGAUGCUGAUGUGAGAGCUACAUUUGCAAAUUACAAUAGUGCCAAAACCAACCUGGCUGCUGCUGAAAGAAAGAAAACUGGUGACCUUUCUGUUAGAUCCUUACAUGAUAUUGUCAAGCCAGAAAAUUUUGUUCUACAUUCUGAACACUUGACCACUGUUCUUGUAGCAGUUCCAAAAAGUUUGAAAUCUGAUUUUGAGAAUUGUUAUGAAACUUUGUCCAAGAACGUUGUACCAGCAUCUGCAGGUGUAAUUGCCGAAGAUGCUGAGUAUGUCUUAUUCAAUGUUCACUUGUUCAAGAAAAAUGUCCAAGAGUUCACAGCGGCUGCAAGGGAGAAGAAGUUUAUCCCUCGUGAAUUCAAUUACUCCGAGGAACUAAUUGACCAAUUGAAAAAGGAACAUGACUCUGCUGCAAGUUUAGAGCAAUCUUUACGUGUCCAACUAGUUAGAUUGGCCAAGACUGCUUAUGUUGAUGUCUUCAUAAAUUGGUUCCACAUCAAGGCCUUGAGAGUGUACGUGGAAUCCGUGUUGCGUUAUGGUUUACCACCUCAUUUUAACAUCAAGAUCAUAGCUGUUCCACCAAAGAACCUCUCUAGAUGUAAAUCCGAAUUAACUGAUGCUUUCGGAUUUCUUGGUGGUAAUGCUUUUAUCAAAGACAAAAAAGGGAAAAUUAACAAGCAAGAUACUUCGCUUCAUCAAUACGCUUCCCUUGUCGACACAGAAUAUGAACCAUUUGUGAUGUAUAUAAUCAACUUAUAA